CCGCUUGAUGCUCCGGCCGCUCCUACGAUCAGCUGAUCAACCUAACCUAACUGCAACCGACACUAACCGACGUUCCCAGUUCUCGCAUUUGAGUCGCGUCGGCGAUCACGGCAAGGUUAGCACGCCGUUUACUAGUUGCUGUGAUAUGUCUAUUGUGGACAUCAAACCAGAUAUUUGUGUACGUCUAUAUACGAAAUAUUCAAGAUGAAUGACUCCUUCUUGGAAGAGCUAGAAUUAAUACCAAAAGAAUCCAAGAAAACAUCUCAGCAACUUGAUCGCCACAUAACCACCAGGCAUGCUACUUCGUCUCCGUUACUUCACUUCUCGGAACAAGAUGAGAGAGACAACGUUACGCGACAAAGGGAACAUUUCACGAUAUUCCCAGGUACGCCUGAUAUAAAGAUUAUAGAUAAUAAAGAGCCUUUUUUGAAAAAUUCCAAAAAACAUUCUGAUCAAAAUGUGAGAAAACAUUCUGCGAAUGUAAAAAUGUCAGAGAAAGCUGAGAAGACCUCAGACAGCAAAGGGAAGCCUGUAGAUAUGAAAAUAAAAAUGGGUAAUAAUAAUCGGCAGAGUGUCAGCGGAGAACACAAAAUAAAACUGCAUGAAACUAAGUAUCCUAAGACAUCUGAAAACAUAGAUCGUAAACGACGUUCAGGAUCACUUAAAGAAGCCGCUUAUUCGACAAGUAUUUCUUCUAAGGAGAACAGACGUUCUCUCGAUUCUUCUAAUAAUAAUUCCUCGGAUACCUCCAGUAAGGAAAACAGUCGUCCGUCAGAUUCUUCCAAAGAGGCUGGUUCUCACAAUCCAACUAAAGAGAAGGAUAAGUUGGCCGAUAAAUCGAGGAAAUCAGGUUUUAAAGUACAGGAUCAAGAUCCAGUUGUUUUACUUACUGCUAUCAAAGAAUUGAUAAGCUCAUACACCAAGCAGGAGAGCACAAAAAUUCUACGCGCUAUGCAGGAGCUACAUAUUAAUUCUCAAGCUACCUUGAUAAAAAAUCUUUUGAGUCAGACGGAUGAGUUGAUUAAAGAAAUGCAUCCCAGCAAAGAUUCGGCUAAAAUGAGAGCAUUGAUUGAGGAGAAUGAGCAAUUGCACCAGGAGUUGAUGGCCUUACGAAUGCGAAACGAAAAUCUGCAGAAUAAAUUAGAGGAACUUGAAUUUUUGAAGCAAGAAAAUGCGAGCUUGAAAUCAAAGUAUAACGAGCUAACUCAGACAUAAUAUCAAACAACUGCGUUAAAUUGGACCACAAAAUCUUUUUAUAUUAUUUUCGUUUUUUUGCACAAAGUGCUAAUCAGGACGUUUACGAUACAUUUUAGUUGCUUGACAUUUAAAAAAAACGUAUUAUAUAUUGCAAGAUUGAAAAAAUAUUUCUCGCGCGAAAGUUGUCAUAAGAGAUUACUAAACUAUUAAUAUUUGCAUUUAUUUUUGUCUAAUGCCAUGAUAAUAUAAUAUAAUCUAGUAUAAAGAUCACAUUUAAGUAUUGAUUAUACAUAUAGUAAAGUAAGCGUUUUGACUUAUUAAAAUUUAAUAUCGAUGACAUUAAAAUCAUUAAAAUAAUUUAUUUUUUUACAAAAAAUGUUAGACUACAGUAGUUUUUAGAUAUAUGCGCGCAACUAUUUUAAGAGUUUUCUAUAAUAAAAGUUUUGUAAUAUUUAAUAAAUGAGUAUAUUAACUUA